UGAUGAGCGCCGUGCGCCGGCGCGCGCGUGCAGACCGCUCAGAGCCACCGCCACAGAGGGUUCCCCUCGGCGAACACACGCAGAGCGCACGAGCGCAAGCGGCCGUUUAACACGGCGGAGCUCGGACCAGCAGCACCGGGCGGCCCGGCGGAGGACCGGCGGAGGACCCGAACCCCCCCGCGCCCCCCCCCCUGCAGCCCCGUGGAGUGAAAUGAGCAGAUUUGAAGGCUGAAGCCGCGUCGCGCCUCCGCUCGUGCGCCCUCACGACGCACUCCUCUCCCCAAUGCCCAAAGAGUGCAGGAGGAGGACCUCCAAGGACCUGGGGCUCCCCGGGACCGGGCUCGGCGAGGGAUGCCGCCCCGAGCGCCGCGCCGCCGGGAAGCAGACCUGCGAGGAGCUCGAGCUGCUGCACUCGGCCGCUGAGCGCGCGCAGCCGUCCGGAGCGGCGGCGGCGGCGAUGGAUGCGCCCCGGGUGCCGCAGGUCACCAUCACCCCGGAGGGGGGCGGCUCGUCCCGGGAGAUGCAGCAGGAGGACUGGGGGGACGCCGUGGACGGCACGCUGCGCCGGAAGCUGUCCAACUCGUCCAUCUCGUCCACCGGCUCCUCCGUGGCGGAGUCCGAGGACGACCUGCUGAGCGAUACCGAGAGCAGGAGCAAAGGCCUCGUGACCCUGGAGCACCUGCUGGACGCCGGAGACCAGAUCAAGCCGUGGUGGAAGCUGAAGACCAUCGUCCACUGGCCCUUCAGCGCAACCCAGAGGAGGAAGCUGAACUGGGUUCAGCUGGCUGGACAUAAAGGGAACUUCAAGGCCGCGGACGAGGGCACCAUCCUGAAGAAGUUCUCGGAGUUCGAGAUGCAGUGCUUUGAGAAGCUGAAGCAGGACGUGCUGCUCUCCUUCGUGCCGGAGUAUCACGGCGUGGUGGAGAAGGACGGAGAGUCCUUCCUGCACAUGACCGACCUGCUGGCGAACUUUGACCUCCCCAACGUCAUGGACUGCAAGAUGGGAGUGAGGACCUACCUGGAGGUGGAGCUGGGCCGGGCCCGGGAGCGGCCCAGACCCAGGGAGGACCUGUACAGGAAGAUGGUGGAGGUGGACGGCGAGGGCCCCACCCCCGAGGAGCACUCCCAGCGCGCCGUCACCAAGCCCCGCUACAUGCAGUGGAGGGAGACCAUGAGCUCCACACACACCCUGGGCUUCCGGAUCGAGGGCACCAAGAAGUCUGACGGCACGUGUCGAACCGACUUCAAGAAGACCCGAUCGAAGCAGGAUGUCAUGCAGGUGUUCGCGGACUUCGUGGGCGGGAGCGGGACCAUCACGGCGUCUUAUUUGAGCAGAUUAACGGAGAUCCAGAAAGCUCUGAAGACGUCCGAGUUCUUCAAGAGACACGAGGUGAUCGGCAGCUCCCUCCUCUUCAUCCACGACCACACGGGCCGAGCGGAGGUCUGGAUGAUCGACUUCGGGAAGACCACGGCGCUGCCGGAGGGCCAGACGCUGCGGCACGACGUCCCGUGGACGGAGGGGAACCGGGAGGACGGCUACCUGUGGGGCCUGGAGAACCUCAUCCACACACUGCAGGCCGUCGGCGCCGGCGGAACCGGCCGGGAAGCUGCAGACACACACACUCACUGACUCGUUUUUAGCAGCGACACUGACAGAACGCCAAACCGUGGAUCCUGGAAAAACAGAGACUUCGUCACAGGUUUCUGGCCGAUUGAGCAACGGCGCUGACACUAAUUCUACUUCCUCAGAAAGCGAGGAGAAGUGAGAGUGGAGGGAUUUCAGCUCCGGAGUCCGGACGUCUCCGCGCUCACAGAAUCCCAGCUCUUCACACAGACCGGCCUCACACUCCGGACAGAAUCACUUCCUGCCGUCUGCUCAGCCUCACUCUCAAGGAGUCCUCCGUCACAGUCGGGGGGCGGUUUCCCAGCAUGCUUUGCUCUCUGUGCUUUUUAAAGGAGGCCGUGACUAAAAGUGAGCGGCCAGAGGGGGAAACUGGUGUUUAUUUUAUCAAAACAGACUUUAGGGCUGAAUGUAAUGUGAAGACAAAUUAGAAUCAUAAAAGAAGAUCUGAUACAAACCAGGAAUGUGACUGUCAGACAGGAAGUCACCAUAAAUGAGUAUUUACCGCGGGGCGACGUGUGUUCUGUGUGCAUGAGUGUAGAGUUAGUGGGAGAGCAGUUCCUGUCAGUGCAUGACGGUCAGCAGCUCCUCAUUCUGAUCUCAACCAUUUCAUCUUUAAGCUUUCUGGUUUUUAUUUUUCGGUCUGCUGGUGAAGGAGCUGUAAUGAAAAUGUUUGUGGUGUAAAGAAAUAAUUUAGGUGAGUGGACCUCGCAGAGUUAACAACAACGAAUAAAGCAGGUUAAACUAUUGAUUAGUCAAUAAAACCUUCAUAUUAAGUCUAACAGAGACAGUUUAGUGUAAAAAUCAAGUGUUACAGUAACAAUAUUUACGGAAAAUACCUAAAGAUAUUUCAGACUAGAGGGGAUUGAUCAGACCUCAGCACUGUGUUCUGUUUAUCAUCUCUUCGUCUCUGACAGACGUCGCUCCUGUCAUCAAACUGGUAGUUUUUCCCUCCUGCUGGAUACUGACGCUGCACUCUGUUCUGUUGGGUCAUUUUACAGGAAUAUCCUCCGUGUUCUGCAAUCUCAAUAAAUGAGGGU